AUGGACCGCUUCAGCAAACACCGUACAACCGAAUACGUCGCAGGGGACCACAGUAACUUGGGAAACUUCAUCAACAAACCCCGUAUCGUCAGAUACUCCACAAGAGACAACCGUAGCAGGAGACACUUCAACAAACGCCACAGCAGCAUCCAACUCUUCAUCAGAGACCAGUGUUCAAUGGACCACUACAGCAACCACAAUGGCAUCAGGCACGCUACGAGAGACCACCGUACUAACAUCAACAAGAAACAGUUUACCAUCAAAUAUUUCAGAGGGGAAUGCAACUUGGGUCGGUUCUUCAUCACCAAACAUGACCAGUGUACUAUGGAACACUUCAGUAAGCGUAGUGGCGUCGACCACACCACAAGAUUCCACUGUGACCACAACGGCGUCAAGUCCGUCAAGGGAGGAAAACGCGCCAUGGGACACAUCGGCACAACCCACCUUAUCGUCAGUCACGUCAUCAAAAACUACCUUGACGUCAUACACGUCAUCACAAACUACCCUGACGUCAGACACGUCAUCACGAACCACCAUGACGUCAGGCACGUCAUCACAAACUACCUUAACGUGUCCGACCCGAAGCCGCCUGCCGGUGAGAUCCUGGCGGUAGAUGAGGAAAGCCUGCCCCUGUCUCCCAGCUAUGAGAAGGCCCAGAACUUCUCUGCGCUCCUGGCGAGCCUCAACACGACCGUCAGGCACCAGAUGGGCCACGACAAGAACGACUUCAUACAGGACUGUACGUUCAACGGCCGGGUCUGCACACCGGAAGAGGAUUUCGCGACGAUCCUGGACGAGACGUACGGCAACUGUUUCAUCUUCAACAGCGGCCGGACCAGGGGAGGUGCCUUCUGGACGGCCAAACAGCCAGGACCGCUACACGGUCUGCAGCUGACGCUGUUUCUGGACCCAGACGAGUACCUUGCCGACCUGACCCCCGCUGCGGGCGCCCGGCUGCUGAUCCACCAGUACACGCAGUACCCUUUCGCCGGGGAGGAGGGCAUCUCUCUCCCGCCGGGGUACACCGUGUCCAUCGGACUCAGCCAGCUGCUGAUCCACCAGCACACGCAGUACCCGUUCGCCGGGGAGGAGGGCAUCUCUCUCCCGCCGGGGUACACCGUGUCCAUCGGCCUCAGCCAGUACACGCAGUACCCUUUCGCCGGGGAGGAGGGUAUCUCUCUCCCGCCGGGGUACACCGUCUCCAUCGGGCUCAGCCAGACACUCCUGGAACGUAAAGGAGGGAAGUACGGCCCGUGUACGACCGGGGAAGAUAAGGGGUUCUACCGGCUAAAGAACGGGAGCCACAUCCGACUGUUCCCCGACAUCUACACCUACUCCGUCAAACUGUGUGAGAAAACCUGCCUUCAGCAGCAGAUAGUGGAGAGAUGUGGGUGUGCGGAUCCCUACAUCAAGAUACCGGACAACGAGAGGGCCUGUCAUCCCAGAGAUCCCUGCAGGACUGAUUUCAAGAAGCUGUACCUGAACGGCUCCCUGCAGUGCGACUGUCCAGAGGCCUGCAGUGAAACAGUCUUUACGUCAACUGUUGGCUUCGGCGAGUGGCCAGCUCCAUUAUACGCUGAGACAUUCAUUGAUGACAUGAAGGACAAGAAAGGCACGGGGUUCGGGAACCUCGGGACCGCUGCGGAGAUCAGGGAAGGCUUCAUCCAGGUUACCGUCUACUUUGAAAACAUGAAUAUCGAGCACAUUUAUGAAACGCCAUCGUAUGAGGUAGAGAACCUGCUCGGCGACAUCGGCGGCCAGCUGGGCCUGUGGAUGGGGAUCUCCAUCAUGACUGUGAUCGAGCUGGCGGAGUUCCUGACGGAUGUGGUGCUGUUUCUCCUGUACGGCAGGCGGCGGAGGGCCGCCGAUUCACCGGGCGAUGGAGAGGUCAUCCUCUUGCCACGGGACCCUACCGCGAUGCCGCCAAGAAGAGAGUUCAUCCUCUUGCCACGGGACUUUCCAGGGACUGAGAUCGUGCCGAACAGGUCGAGAGUUGUUCCUAAAUAUCCCAUUAUGAAGGGCAGCUGGCGUAGCACUGCUAACACUGCAUUUACCGAGGUAUAA